AUCGACGCUAUCUGUUAUCUGUAGAUCGCCUGUUUGCUGCUAACAGCUGAAGUUAUUGCCAUGUAGCAUAAUGCUAGCUAGUGAGUUACGUCUAACACGCUUUUGCAUUUAGUUUUGUCGUUUUUUUGCGGUGUAAAGUCUGUUUUUAAAAUGUUGAGUUCUACAUGGAAUUUCAUCAAACGCCAUAAGAGGAAAUUCAUCUUCACUGGGGUUUUUGUUGGAGGUGUCUAUCUACUUGGUAAAUAUGCACAAAGAAAAAUUCAGGAGAUGCAGGAGCGAGAGGCAGCUGAAUACAUUGCUCAAGCUCGGAGACAGUUUCAUUUUGAAAGCAACCAGAGGACAUGUAACAUGACGGUGUUAUCAAUGCUCCCCACUCUCCGAGAGGCAAUCAUACAUCACCUGAACUCAGAGAGCCUCACCGCUUUGCUGAAGACUAAGCCAGCUAAUAAACUUGAAAUCUGGGAGGAUAUAAAGAUUAUUAGUUUUACCCGAAGCAUUGUGGCGGUUUACAGCACUUGCAUGCUGGUGGUGUUACUCAGAGUUCAGCUCAACAUAAUUGGUGGCUACUUGUACCUGGACAACUCUGUGACAAAGAAUGGAAUGACCCCCUUGGCCCCUCCUGAUGUUCAACAACAAUAUCUUUCAAGUAUCCAGCACCUUCUUGGAGAAGGGCUCAUUGAACUGAUAACAGUGGUGAAGAAAGCUGUCCAGGAAGUUCUUGGACCGGUGUCUCUGAAGCAGAGUUUGUCCCUACAAGAGUUGGAGCAACAGUUAACUCAGAUCAGACAGUUAGUGGAGGAGGGCUGUUCUUCCUCUAAACACAAAAGUCUUUCUUGGUACAUGAUGCCUGAUGAAGAGAACACACUAGCCUCACAGGUAGAGGCUUGUGGUCUCACAGAGAAUGAUGUCACAACAAUAAAGCUGCUGAAUGAAACCAGAGAUAUGCUUGAAAGUCCAGACUUCACUACUGUACUCUGUACUUGCUUGAGCCGAGGCUUUAUCCGAUUCCUAGACAACAUGUCAGAGUUUUUCCGACCCCCACAGGGGGACUCCAACCCUUCCAGCACACCUGACCGACUAUCACAUGUAAGCCUCCCACUAGCCAAAAUCAUUCCCAUCAUCAACGGACAGAUACAUUCAAUAUGCAGCGAAAUACCCAGUCAUUUUGUCCAAGAUCUCUUAUUGAUAGACCAGGUGAAAGAGUUUGCCGCCAACGUGUACGAAACAUUCAGCAAGCUUCAGGAACUUCAGAAUUAAGCACAGGACUGAGCAAGAUGUGAAAGCCGAACUCCUUACAAAUCUACUUUCAAGAAACUCUCAUGCUGUACAGCACAGAAUUGUUCUCCUCGCACACCCUGAAAUCGACCCGGGGGAAACGAACUCGCGGCUGUUCUGAGAGACGAGUGUGUAAUGGAGUUUAGAUCCUCUGUUGUUAGCAGGCAUUCCGUAUGGGCUAGUUUCUCCUGACCUGCUAGCUGUCCUGUUUGUAUGUUGUGACCCCCUAACCUUGUCCCAGCCAGGCAUGCCAAGGUUUUUACAUGCUAUAAUAAACUGUAGUACAUUCUAUUGAUUUUUUUAAUCCCUGUAGCAUAACAUUUUCAUUAGAUAACUUGUCACGCCAUGGCUAGCAUAAAAGAUAAUACAUACAUAAUGAUUUUCCAUGCAUUCACAUUUGCAGGGUAGGCUUCAAAGGGUGAAUUGUGGACAUUUUGUAUAUGAUAUCUCUGAAUCUGAUGUUGCAGCUGCUGGACGCUCUCCAGGACCAAAACACAGUCAUGCUCACCUCUGCAACAGUAACAAUGCAUGAUGAUUGCACUUUUACUGCUAUAAAUAAUGCAUAUUGGGAGUAUUUUCAGUUGUAUUUACUAACGAGAAUUGUUGGACUGUUGUUUUUGUUUUGCAAACUGUACAGGUUGUAGUAUGCUACUCCUUUUGUAAAAUGACCCAUGAAUGUUAAUAAAUAAUGUUAUAAUUAA